AGGAGAGCGGGUGAGCUUACCUGUCCCCGCUUUUGGCGCGCAGGCCCGGGCGAGGGCCGGUGGUGGUGGUGCUCUCGCGGCCUCAGUGUGCUGUGGCUGCGGGUACCGGUCGUGUCCCCUUUGCUAGCACGCGAUCAUGGCUAGCAGAGGGAGAGAAUGUAUGUGAUUUUCCCCCUGGACGACUUGUUAGAUCUGAAUAGUGCGAAGGAUAGUAAACGUGUAACUGCGUCAUCGGCCUACCACAGCUAUAAGAGGCAGUCUGCGGAAGUUUUGCCUCCUUCCCCACCUAACCAACAACUUCCCAGUCAAGUUCAACCUCCCUUGAUUCAGCAGCCCCCGGUCCCUCGACAACCAACACCACCUCAACACCAAAAAAUACAACAACAGCAACAACAACUGAAACAACAGAAACCAACUCCACCAAAAACACCGUCCAAAGCGUCCACUAGUCAGGCCUCAGUCAACCCUCAGUUGCCCGCCAGUGUCCCGAGUAGUAGUAGCAGUAGCAGUCACAACAGUAGCCUGAAGCAAGCGAAGUCGCACAAGCAGUCUCUUCCACCACAGCCUGAGCCUGCAAAGCAGCGGCAACAGUCUUCGCACUCAGCCUCGCCGGAGACGUCGUCACUCUCCUCGACGAAGACUCGCGGCCUCCUGAGCCCGCAGUCGCCCGCCGGAGCGGCAGUGACCAACCGUGCCUCGUGGGCGGGCACUCCCACAGGUGCGCUCGUGGAGUCGGCGGCAUCUCGCAGCGGCAGCUUCAGGUCUCGUCACGAACUCGCCCGUGAAGCCGUUGCUACAGAAAGUAACAGCAAUAGUGUGAAAGGGAAACCUAACCGAUCGAGUGAACCUUCUCAGGACGCGCGCGGGAGUGCUAUCGCAGGAACAUCACAAAGUGGAGAGUCAAACCUGAAGCCAAACAUUGGUAAAAGUGAAAGUUUUAGGUCUCACCUCAGUGCAGUAGCAGGGGGAGGGGGAGUAGGAGGGGGAGGAGGAGGGGGAGGAGGGGGAGCAGCGCCUCCACCACAAUACCUAAGUGGGGCCGAGUGUCUCAAGAUCCAACAGGAGUGUCUUCCGCAGGUGGAGGAUUUUCGGCUGUCUCGCCCUCAGAGCCUCAGGGGCAGCCAGAAAGGAGGGGAUCCCACCACGGCUGGUGCCGGGGGAACGAGAGGGGCGGGGGGGACCAGGGGGGCGGGGGCUAGCUUAAAGAGUCAAGGAGGGGCGUCUCGAGGCCCUCAGAAGAGCGUCAUGGCAGGCGAGGUCAGCCUGCGCGACCUUACUCAUCCCAGCGUUAAUGAACCUCUCAAGGCUCACAACUCAGCGACCUUCAAACUUAUUAAAACAGUUUCAGACUUCACGGCGCAGCUCUCCCGGAUCCACGAGCAACAUGCCGAAGACCUCCAGAGACUCGUGGAGAAUUUCAGAAAAAAGAAUUCCGAGCUGCGCAAUGAGAGACCCGGGACAAGCAGCCUAAUGGUUCAGGCGUGGGAGAGCUACCUGCAGGAGGUGGAGGUGGACUCGCAGACGCACGCAGACAUCUCGGGCACCCUUAACCGACAGGUGUCCAGGCCUCUCAUGGAGAAGACCUUCUACAGGAAGAUCCAAUCACGGAAGAUGUUCACGCACCGAGAGAGCUUCGACACCAUUCUCACGAAGACGGAGGAGAUGCUGAAGAAGUGUCGAAGGGAAUACAACGAGGCCUAUCAACUCCACUGCCGCACCCAGAGCAACGCCUCACUUGCUUCCUAUUUCGACGCUCACAACGCCUACGUACAGCAAUUGCACGCGACCAACGGCAUGUUGCAGGAAUACCAUCAUACCACUCUGCCGACGUUACUGGAGGAGUUGGAGGAUGUUUACCUUGACGUGAGUGCGGUGGUGGCGGACUGCAUACUUCAUGGGGCUAAUAUCGUAGCUGUCAAGGCUUUGGAGCAGAGCAAGAGGUACGACUCUCUCAGCGGGAUGUGCCGAGGCGUGGACGGGCGGCUGGACUUGGUGAGCCUGGUGCGCGGGCUGGACGUGUCCCCUGGCCACGCCGCCCGCACCCCCCACCACCGCUUCACGCCCCCGCAGCCGCCCCACCCUGCCGAGGCGCCCAACGGCGAACUCUAUCCCCAGGAAGCUCCUCCUCCACAUCUCAAGGACGAACUUGUGCUCGACCGCCUGGCCGCCCUCUCCUCCAAAAACCGCUACGAGGCGCUGCGGAAGGAGGAGGCCGACCUCGAGCGCCAGGUGGCCCAGCUGCAGGAGGCGCAGGAUACUCUCCAAAGGAUACAGCAGAGGAGCCUCGAGUCAUCGGUCUUCAACAAGGCCAACGAACUGCAGGAAGACAUCAGCAUGAAGCGCUUUGACCUCCGCGUCGCUCAGGUCCAUCUUUCUGCCGUCAGGUCACAGAAAGAGUUAUUCGCGUCAAAAGACGGGGGAGGGGCUGAGGGCCGAGAGAGGAAGAUGUCUAACUCAAGCGGAGGAAGUAUGAAGACCAAGUGGAUGAAAGCCUUUAAGUCUUUAAAGACAUCAGAGCCCACUAGUGGGAACUUGCCCCUCGCCCAGCCGGGGAAGCGCUACACAUUCUCGAGCACUGUGCUCUCCGUCAUGGCCCACAGAAAGAACGGGCGAGACAAGGAUGCAGCAGCUGUCAUGUUUGAAAGUACUCACAUCCUGCAGGAAUACACCUAUAAGAAAAUCACGGCCUGCGACGUCUGUCAGCAGAUACUUAGGGGACACUCCCGCCAAGGCCUGAAAUGCAGGAUGUGCAAAAUGAACGUCCACGCCGAGUGUCAGGACCAGGUGGGGAAGUGUCAGCCCAAGUCCCGCCUCCUGCGACGUCAGCGUUCCACCUCCGAGAUCGAAAGCAAACAAAUGGACGCCGGAGAAGAAGACAACGAGCCCACUAUCAGCUUCAGCUCGCUUAUCGCCAGCCAGCCUGCCCGCCGGGGCGCGGAACCUGCGUCCUCUAGUGCGGCCACGGAGAUCCAAAUAGCGCCAUCCAGCCCCGUGCACAACCGCCGCCUCCUCUCCGCCCGAAAUGUGAGGAUGAGCUCAGUUGAGCUUCCGGACGACAACGAAAAAUCGCUAAGUUCCGCCAGCACCUCACCGUGCCCUUCUCCCGUCAGUAAAAAACCUCAUCGUCUUCUGCCCACUAACCUGUAUGUCGUCCUGUACAACUUUACGUCCAGACAUCCCGAUGAGCUCGAUCUAAGAGCUGGUUACAAAGUAACUGUUACGGACACGUCAGACCCCGACUGGUGGCAGGGCAAGUGUCUGGGAAGGACCGGGUACUUCCCUUCCAAGUACGUGACGCGCCUCAACUGCGGGGAGAAGCCACUUCAGGUCACACACAACUUACAGGUCACCGACGGAGACAAUGGCAUCAAGCUUCUGAGAGACCAGAUCGUCAUCCAGAUUGGGGAGGAAGUGGAAGGCAUGGUCAUGAUCCGCAACGGUGACAACCAGCAAGGCGUGUGUCCUCUGAAGUACCUCCAGGAAGCUUAAGCCCAGACGCGUCUCCCUUUACAUUAAGCCUAAGACACAGACUCUCUCCAAAACUCCAUCUAUCAUAAAACGGAAAAAAGGAAAAAAAAAAAAAGAGAGCUAAUUAAAAAAGGGGGCGAGUCUUCUCAGGUACCUGCAGGGGGAGGGGAGGGCAUGGUUCAAAGAUUGCCCUACCAGGUACCUGAAAGAGGCUGAAGACGAGGAGCGAGUCUUCUCCAGUACCCGCAGGAGGCCCCACUCACGCUCUCGAAGGCGUCUCGUCCAGUCACCCCGAACCCCGUCACUCGAGAUCAUCCUCAGCCACAAUUACUCUCGCAAAUUCAACCCCCAAAAUACGAAAGUUGUGAAAUUGGGCAAAUCCAACCGGAAGUAUCAGACCAAGAAACUUUUGAUGGUAACAACACGAUAGUUGCAGUUUUUCUUUUGUUUGUUUUUUGUUUUUUCUCUCUCUAUCUCGAAAAUCUAACUGGAGGCGGCAGCGCUACCUAUGAAACAUAUGGCGAAGAAAUGGCCAUUGAAAGCAGAAAUUUUGACGAACCAAGGAAGGGGCGAUGCCGAAGCCCGUGACAUUCAUUCCUGAGCAUAAGCUAUUGUUGUUGAUGUUGUUGUUGUUGUUAUUGUUUAGCCUUUUUUGCACAGAACAUGUUCUACACUAGUUCUCUCAGCUGGCUGUGGCUCAUAUUUGCUGGUGAAACAUAGUCAUGAGUUCCGGCUGAUUGGCUGAACCACUGUACCAGUGACACACUUGUGCACCAUUACAGUGUUGCCAGAUGUGUUUGUGCACCAUCACCACGUACUCCGCUAUGUACAUGCACAAUCAUGGUGUUAGCAGUUGUGUAUGCACUAUACAAAGACGUAGACAGCUGUAUACUUGCACCAUCAUUAUGUACAUAAACUGUGUACGUGUGCCAACAUGAUGUCCACAGCUAUGUACAAUACCAUUAUGUACCCAGCCGUGCACAUAUAUUGUUGUAUGGUAGCUAUCUGUAUGGGUACAGUACCCUGUACAUAGUAUGGGUGUAUCACUGAUUUGUAUCCAGUCAUAUGUAUCCCACUGCAAUGUACAUGGCUGUAUACAUCCAAUAAUGUACACAGCCCUGUAUGUGCUUCUCUGUGAUGUAAGUAGCUAUGUAUGUACGUCACUGAAAAAUGGCAGGUUUUGUAUAUGCACCUUUGCAUAGUAACUUGCAACCUUUGUACAUCAGCACAAUGAUAGUUACAGUGCGAAUAAGUGCUUUGGUCAGCCCCGUGCACGUUCAAGUGUACUACGACGAGCAGUGUACAAGCAGGAAAUACAUUACCGUAGUCAGAUGUGUACAUGCAGCACUUCCCUGAGGGUGAUGUACUUUCAGUCAGUUCUGUACCUCAAGCAUCAUGUCGAUCUGCAUCAAUAGAGAAGAUUCGAUCAGUGUUUUGGGAAGAAAUUCUGAAGCAAGUCAAGCCACGGCAGCUUCUCAAGACAUCACGUCAGACUUAGAGGCUGAGCCAGUCUCUACGCCGCCCCAACACCUCACCAUGACGGUCACCAAAGUAUUUUCAUAAUGAUACAGAAUUCCCCUCUAACCUGUCUCUCAGUUUCCUGUACCGAGCCCUUUUUCCCUUCCCACGGACCUUGCUCUCCUCACUCUUUCAUCUUACUAACCUCCCUCGUCCUUCCUUUCACCUCCUUCCCUUCAUAUUCACGAGUCACACUCAGCAUCGCCUCAUUCGAUACAUAUAUUUCAUCAGAAUCUUUCCCCUUUUUAGCUGAUUCCUCUAAUCUCGGCUCCCUGCUCGUGUGCCCUUUCUCCCAAAUCCUGUCGGUUCCUUGAACACACACAGUCUUAGCACGUUACCUAGUACAAAUCUCUCAACCUAUGGUAUCUGACUCCUACGUUGCUUCCACGCCGCUCAUCUCACUCCCACGACGUGUGUUACUUCUUUCAAACGUUUCGAUUGCGCCGUUCCUUAAUAUUCACUGUUUUCGUCAUAUUCAUCUGCUUUAUGAACAUACUCCUCAUCAUGCGCACCGCGGCUACUUCUUCACAUAUAUCUAUUGCAUCUCAAGCACCUGUCCCUCCAGCAAAUACUCCUACUCCUGUCGACUCAUUUGACUCAUGAGCCCCUUGCAUGACUCAUAAGAAGCUUCCGCUUAUAAUGAGAGGACUUGUUCCGUGCUGAACUUCCUCGUUAUCACGUGUAAUGGCGUAUCGCGCUUAUCAGUCCUCCCGCGAGAAAAUCAUUUUGACUGAUUAAUACCCUGCUAACAGCUUCCACAUUGUUCCACCCUUCACCUUUGUCACCCACAUCGUGACUCAUCCGUCACCCUGCCAUUAUCACCCUCCAGCUUCAUCUAGGACUUGUUCGAUCUCUUUAUUGCGCCUCCCUUCCCCCAUCGACAUUGCACCUCCUUCAUUACUGUAUAUGCGUUGAUUUCAAUCCUCGUUUCUGAUGAUCUUCUAGGUAUAUUACUAACUUUCUGGUUAACGAUGGUACGUCAGAUUCUGGCAGGCAGAUUUAGCUAUGCACAUGAAUAUUUUUACACUAGUUGUUAAGAAGAUUGUUCCAGCUACUUUAUUUCGACUUGACUUUCGUCUGGCAAAAAGCAGACUUAAAUGGUAAUAAAAAAUCAUAACAAAAGUUGUGUGGCAAUUCUGGUUCACCACCACUGUAUUCCUCGUUUAGCGUAGAUGCAAUGCAGUCAUUAUACAGGCAAGGCAGAUAUUAUUCUGAAUGCUAUUAUUCCCAAAUGAGCUUUUGGCCACUAGAGAAUAUCAGUUAGUUUACACAAAUACAACCAGAAAAGUUGUAAGUGACAGAGCUUUGUGUAGUGUAGCAUCAUCUGUCACGUUGUUAACUUGGCUGCUAUGGCAGUCUAUUCUUCUCACUCUACCAUUGUCCUUUUAUGCACAAAUUAUGUUUCCUUGUUCAACGUAGUUUAUAAGAAAAUCCUUUUCCAUAAACUGGGAUGAAGA